AGAUAGGAUAACUCUUGUAAUAAACCCACGUCAACCUUUCACUUCCCAGUUCCUAAGUCUAAGGAGAAGAGAGGAAGAAGGAGAGAAACUGAGGAAGAAGAAGGAAUGGGCAUAGUUGAAGAAGCGCACAAUGUCAGGGUUUUGGGAUCAGGAGAAAGGAUCAUAGUGCUAGGUCAUGGAUUCGGUACAGAUCAAUCGGUGUGGAAGCAUCUAAUUCCUCACCUGGUCGAAGACCACCGCGUGAUCCUCUACGAUAACAUGGGCGCCGGACCUACUAACCCCGAGUACUUUGACUUCGAUCGUUACUCCACUUUAGAAGGCUACGCCUACGACGUCCUCGCCAUCUUAGAAGAGCUUCAGGUCGAGUCCUGCAUCUUCGUCGGCCACUCUGUCUCCGCCAUCGUCGGUGCUCUCGCUUCCAUCACUCGCCCCGAUCUCUUCUCCAAAAUUGUCAUGAUCUCGGCCUCUCCUAGGUAUUUGAACGACGUGGACUACUACGGAGGAUUCGAACAAGAAGAUCUGGACCAGUUAUUCGAAGCGAUGAGAUCGAAUUACAAGGCGUGGUGUGCGGGGUUUGCGCCGCUGGCGGUGGGAGGAGAUAUGGAUUCUGUGGCGGUACAGGAGUUUAGCCGGACACUGUUUAAUAUGAGGCCAGACAUAGCGUUGAGCGUUGCUCAGACCAUAUUCCAGAGCGACAUGAGGCAGUUCUUAAGUUUGGUGACCGUGCCUUGUCACAUAGUGCAGAGCAUGAAGGACUUGGCAGUGCCAGUGGUGGUUUCCGAGUACCUUCAUACGCACUUCGGCGGUCACUCCAUCGUGGAAGUCAUGGCCUCCGAUGGACAUCUCCCACAGUUGAGCUCGCCGGAUAUAGUAAUUCCGGUGCUGCUUCGCCACAUCCGUUUCGAUAUUGCCGUCUGAAAUCUGAAUUCAUAAUUGGUUGUCCCCGUGGUUGUUCUUUCCGGCCCUCUCCUUCCAAUCCCCUCCCCCCCAAUAAAAAAUUAUCGUUUGGAAUAAGGGGUAGGUUUUAAAAACCGGAUCAGCGGUUCGGUCCAGGCUGAUUCGAUUUGGAUUUUUUUUUUUUUUUUUUUGGGGGGGGUACAAGGAUUGGAGGAACCGGAUUCGUCAGAAUCAAGAUCGGCCAAUGCCGAUUCUUAGAACCUGGGUGGUAUUCUCUUUCAAAUUUCUACUUCAGCCUGUAGUAUAUAUGCUGAUUAUUAGAGAGUAUAUGAGUCAGGUUUAGUAAGGAAAAGGUCAAUUAACGUGUGGUUCAAUUUAUGUGAAGCAAUAGCUCGAGUGUUAAUACAUUAGUGUGAGUUGUACUUUAUGGAUAAUGUGAAAUGUGAUUUAAUUUUGAGGUUUUUAUUAA